AUGUCUGUGUUAGUGAAUACUUUCUCGAAACAUUCCAAAGAUGUAACAUCAUGCAGUUUUUCACCAAACAGCAAAGUCUUAGCUUCAAGUUCCGGCGACAAAAGCGUGCGACUUUGGAACGUUGAAAAUGGAACAGAGCUGUCGAUUUCACCUUUGCUCGGGCACUCGUAUGGUGUAAAUUCUUGCCGAUUUUCACCGUUUGGAACUCUACUUGCGACCGCUUCAACAGACGGUAAUGUUCAUCUUUGGGAUGUGAACACAGGCUCUGUGGUUGCGGUUUUGCAAGGACACAAAAGUGGUGUUAGAGUUUGUCGUUUCUCCCCAAAUUCACGCUUUCUCGUGACCGGUUCAGCCGAUGAAUCUUUUUGCAUUUGGGAUGUCUCGUCGAAAACAUUAGUCCGUUGUGUGGAGAAGCUAGAAAGUAGCGUUAUGACUUGUUGUUUUACGCCAGAUAGCUUGUAUAUAAUAACAGGUACGAGCAUGGGAGAUUUGAGUAUAUGGGAAGCACAGACCGGUAAAAUGACCAAGUUUUAUGCCGAAGGACAUGAUCUAGGGGUUGCAGACUGCUGCUUUUCUUCAACUUAUGGAUCUGCAAGUAAGUGCCGUUCAGUUUGUUUUUAUGUAUUUGUUCUUCUUCUGAAAGUGUGUUUAAGUCUUAGUUUAUCGUACUAUAAGGCUGGAUAAGGGUGUCUACUUACAGCUGGGAAGGUAUUUAUAUUGAUAACUUCAACCAUAUGAAUUGUUAUGAAGGAUAAUGUACAUGUUCAUCAUGAUUUGCACAUGUUUCUGAAGAUAAUAUCAAAACUUUUCUAUUGACAGAGAGUUUGAACGUGAUGGGCAUUUCAUAUUGUGACUUUUAAUUAUUUUAUAUUCUGGGAAAAUGAUCCUUUUUAAACAAAAACUUAACUCUAGUUUUGUUUAUCUGCAGUAUUUUAAAUUUUAAUAUCAAUGAAGUAAAAUAAUAUCAAUAAUGGGCUUGUUAAUUUCUCUUCUAAACAGGUGCACUGUGUUGUUUUUAAACUUAAUUACUUAAGGGAAAAAAAAAUAUGGCAUAUAAAUGAAGAAAUUAGUUACCCAACCCAAACUUAUGUUUAAAAUGUAUGAUUUAAAGAUGUAAACCUCCUCCUAAUAGUUUCUGAUACCAUGAUAUACUAUUUUGUGAUGCUGUAACAUAAAUAUGGUAAUAUUAUAUGACUUGAUCAACGAAAUAUGCAUUUAUUUUGUACUUUGCAUUUAAAAAAACAACCACUGUUUAUCCCUUGUAUUAAUUAUUUCUAAGUACAGUAGGUCUAUUACAGGGGGUCGACCAUUCUGCAAACUGCCUUAUUUAGGUGGUGUCCCAAAGUAGAGGUUUCAUUGCAGUCUUCAUCAGGCAAUGAGGUCGGAUGGUUACGCAUAACCUUGUAAAGCACGAUGCUCUGCUGUGAUUGGUUACUUUUUAAUAGCUGUAAUUUAGUGCAUUUCAAUUGUCACUGUUCCAGUCAGAUGGCCAGUAUUUCCCAAAAUGUGGCAGUUGACCCUUUGAAGCCUGGCCUUCUGUCAAAUUACCUCCCCAGAGAGGAGACAGCAGAAAUUAAUUACACCUUCCAUUUCCUGCCCUGUUCGAUUGUUCUAGUCCAAAAGGGCAAUGUUCUUCAGGUUUUUGAGAAGAAGCUUGAGAAAGCCGGUUUCAAGAAAAAAAGAAGCGACUCAGUUUUCUGAGCUUAGAUACUCUGUUCACAAAACUGCCACCAAACAUGCAAAAUCGGAAAGCCGCAUGAUAAAGUUACAAUUUUCCACAACCACGCAAUGAUUUCUUAACCGUAAACUGCCGCAUGAAUACAACUGUGACCGCUAAAUGACACUCAAAAUUGGCUAAAACCACCAAACCACCAGAGUAUAAUAGACCUUCAGUACAUGUACAUGUAUUAUACAUGGUGCUAUUAAAAUCAAUGUUUAUAUUUUUCAAGGGCUAUAGAAAAAAAAUAUAUAUAUAUAUAUGUAGUUAUUAGUAAAAGCACUAAAGACAAUAUUUUCUUAUGGGAGCCCGAGAAAGUUAAUUGCAAAUUUCAUUGGAAUUGUGAAAACAAAGGUAAAAUUUCCUGCAUAAGAUUUAAUUUUGGUCUAUUGUUUGUGAAAUUCAACAUUUAUUUUCUUGGGCUCCAAUAAGAAAUUUCUUUGAUGUUAUUUAAGAUAACAAAUAACAUCUAGUUUUGAUGGAAAAAAAUUGGUGUUUUGGAUUGGUGAUCAUUUACGAGAGGUGGUUGCACAUGGAUAUUUGAGUGCAUAAAGAUAAGUUACAUCAAUGUUCCACUGUACAUUCUUGGCUAUUGUUUAACAAUGACAACAACAACAACAAUGUUUAUUUUGUGUGGGAUGCAAGAAACCCACAAAUCAAUAGUUAAUGAAAGUUAAGCUCUUGCCAAUAAAGAAAGCACAGCCACUUUGAUGCCAUGGAGGUGAGAAGAAGUUUUCAUUUAAAUGAUAAAAAAUGCCUCAAUCUUUUGAGUGUGGUUUAUGGCCAGGAAAAUAUGUUGAAGCUCAAAUUAAUCUGCAAAUUUAACAAUCGAGGUGAAUAGUGGCUGAAUAUAUAUACCAAGCCGCAAAGCAGCAAGGUAAACAUUCCUAAAACUGCUAUUCACUGAGAUUGAAAAGAAAAAUUGUUUUAGUAUAUACACCCAAAGUGAUCUCAACAAAAUAUGAGGAAACCAUUACAAAGUACUAUUUGAUUGAUGGAUCAAAUCACACAAACUUUAAAAAUAGAUCUUUGCAGAUUUUUCAAACAUUGCAAUUCACAAGUUUAUCACUUCACAACAGCGUAAUGGCUUAAAGGGAACCGUUAAAAGUUUAAAUUGUUUCCCUACCUGAGAAGAAAAGUAGAGCUUUGUUGUUUUCUGUUGACUCGCCAAGUUUAUAGCCAAAAGGGUAUGUUGUGUCAUUCUUCGCAUAAAGUGCUGACCAAAAUGGCGGCUUGGUUGCUUGAGGUAAGACGUCGUCUUCCUGUAACAUUGUUUUUCCUAUUUACUUAAAACGUAGAUUUUCUCCAAUCAUUUGCUGUCAAAGUAAUUUUUUUGUCAUAAAUAAAUUUCGAUUUUUGGGUCAAAUUUUCUUGUUAGGAAAUGCUGAGUUCAGGAGACGGCCUCUUCUGCGUGAAUAAACAGGAGUUGUAAACAAUCCAUCAAGCACAAAACGUAGCUAUAGUGAGUGGAAAAAUGUCGUUUUGAAUCCUUUUAAAAGUCUUUUCUUGCCUUAAAAAAGGUCAAGCCAGGAUUUUGUCAACUUUUAAAAGAUCAUUCUCUAAAAAAAGGGAAAAACACCGAGCUCACACAUUAUCCACUCGCUAGGAGGUGAAUAUUGUUGAAUAAUCUGAGAUAGCGAACCAAUCAGAUUGCUUAAAUCACCAAGAUCAAUGAGUGUGUAUAUACUAAUAAGAGAUAUUUUAGUAACAUAUUUAUUUUUAAACAAUGUGCAUUACUAAAAUUAUGAAGUAUUUGGGGCCAUUCACUUGUAAAGUAAACGGGAUCAUUAAUUUAUUAAACCAUGUUUUUGAACACUUCGCCAUAUCUUGGCCGCUAACAGCUGUUUGUUCAGCCAGAUAAAUAGUAACACAGUAACGUAAUAUAUAUAAAUUUGCUCAAGUAGUGUAGCUUAAGGUGUUCUUUGAUCCUGACCAAUUCAUUUGUCAUUUUCAUUAUGAACAUUCAUCUUCCGUGUAAUAACUAACAAAUAAAAAGGGUUUUUUUAAUUCUUCCUACAGCACUGAAUUUGGAGUCCCCAUUUAUGACUCAAGCUGUAUUUUCUUGUGAUGGCCAUCAACCAGACCGUAAGCUUCUGAAUUGCUACUCUAACAAAAAUAGCGCAUGACCCUUAACUUAUCCUGGUCGUUCAAAUAAAGUCUUGAUUGUCUUGUUCUUUUAAGAUAAGUAAUUGGUAAUAUUAUGAUUAGGAGACUGUUUAAACCAAGAGACCAAGAGGCAUAGUGUAAUAUCAAGAUAAUAUAACUAGUUUCCUGGCCAAGGAAUGCCCCUAGAUACAUGUAAGACAUCAUGAGGUAGGGUGGAGACAGAUAGUAGUUCCUCAAAUAACUACAUCAUUAAUCCCUUUGCCUGUGAAAGCCUCUGGUUGCAUUCUCUUUUGCUGAACAGGAAAUAAAAUGAAAUGAUCUUAAUUUUCAAUGCCUUAAAAUAAUACAUAAAGUUUCCUUUUUAAAAAUAACGAGUAUUUCUUUUGAGUGACCACUUGAAUUUAACCGUUUAAUCUCCAAUAUCAAAAUACAAAUUCUCCACAUAGUCUCCAUACAUUGAUAAAAGAUCAAAGCAUUUUCUCUUUGGUGAUAAUUUUAUUACCAAUCAUAACCUUUUCUCUUCAUGAUGUAUAGAUGUUGUUAGGAGAAAAUUGAUGUUGGUCAAUCUUGGCACUGAGAGAGUUAACCCUUUAAAUCGUAACAUCAAAAUUCAGAUUCUCAUUUGUUGCCCCUAUACAUGUACGUUUCCUAUAGAAGUAGUAGGGAGAAUUUGUUGAAGUAUCUGUGAUCUUGUGUAAUCAUGUCCUUUAUUCUCAUAACCAAUUUGUCUUGUAAAGCAUUCAUAGUACAAGGAGAAUUUUGAUGCUGAUCACUCUUAGAGCUUAAACGUACCAUGUGCACAUCUUUCUCUCUUUGCUAUUACUGAUCUGUCUCCCUGCUUAUGUCCACCAUGUACAGAUAGCCACCUUACUGUUGGUUUAUUUGAAUAUUUGCAAGAAAAUUCAAAUAAGUUAAAUUCAGUUUUAGGUAAAAACUGUUUUCUGGUUAAACCAAUGUUCACCCAAUUAGGAUUAAUUAGCUUUUAGCUAGGGCUCUAAUGUUGGUAACCUGGUUUGAAUACUAAUACAAUGUACAAGUCUGGAAAAAUGACCUUGUUACAACAUUCACUGUUUUGACAUUAUGCUAAUUUUUCCAAACUAAUGCCCAUCAUACAUACCUGCAUGGCUGGUACAUUUUAGGAUGAAUUUAAUUGCAUAUUUUGAAUGUAAGACAAUGGUAAUAUUCACAUUGAAUUGUACUAGACAUGCAGGUAUUUAUGGUGGGCAUUAAUUUGGAAAAAUUAGCAUAACAUGAAAACGGUGAAUGUUUGUAACAUGGAUUUUUGGCCGGUUGGUAGGCUAGGUUCGUCUUGAAAUUUCAAGGUGUUACAGUGAGUCAAUCUAAAUGAAAGUUUCAGACAUUGAUAUAUAUAUCAUGAAGAUUAUGUGAUGAGGUUGAUAAAGAAUUUUGUUGAGCUGUUUUAGAGAUAUUCAGAAAAGUGCUAAAAGUCAAAAUUUGGAAUAAAGUUGCACUUAGACAGGUGGUGAGAAAACAGGUUAGUUUUCAGGAUUACAAGAAAGAAAAUACACCAAAAUUUCCUAGCAUCAAAAUAUGAUGUUAAGAAGCCUUCUGACGCUACUUAUUUUGCGUUAUUUAGAACUUUUUUAUUAAACAUUUUAUUUAUGAAAAGUUUGAAAUAUAUUUGCAUUUUAUUUGAAUUUAAACAUACAGAAUUUUUUACUUCUCACAGAGGUUAUUUGCUAAACACCACACUUUAAGUUCCUGGUGUUGGAUUUGCAGUAGCAGGUCUAGUUAGCGCAAAAUGCGGAUUUUAUCGAUUUCAAAGUUUUUUGUUUAUUGUUGUCAUGGUGAUAUAGAUUUUACUGAAAACUACAUUUUGACUAACUUCAAUUCAUAGUCAAUCAAAGGUGAAAAGUUUGUAGCGGUCGACAAGGACAAAAUCACUUCUAAGACGAUUGAAAAACAUCGGUAUGGUCUCUCAAACACUGUAUCGCAACACCUCAAGGGAUAAUGAGUAGCAGAUAUUCUUCAAAAAGCAUAAUUUAUCUUUGGUCAAGUGGGAUUUUUGCUGUUCUUUCUAUAUUUUAAGGGAGUUUCAGCUUUUCUUCCUUGCAACACCUCUGAAAUUCCUAGCAUUUUCUCUAGCACUUUCUCUAAGUCUGUUUUCUUUUUCAUGGCACAGUCUAGGCUCUGUAAACAUUCUCCUUGAAGAUAAUAGGUGUCUUUUAUUUUGUUGUUUUGCAUAUUGACGAAUAUAACUUUUGAUGAAACUAGUUUAUCAGCGCUGUACUUUUGAUUACUAGAUUGUAAAACUUUAAAUUGCACAUUGGCCUUUUAAUUCUCCCUUGAAAAGGGUGACUUAAGCAGCAUUCCAGUUAAUUCUUUAUUAUUAUUAUUCAAGUGAGGAUCAUAUAGAUCAUAUAAGGGGUCACUAAGACCAUGUGCCAAUUUGUUUUGUUAUAUUUAACUUAACAUUUUAUGUGAAAGGUUUGAACCCAGGAGUCAUUUCAAAAGUAGGUUGAGUUUGAUUAUCUGGGUGAACGUAGUCCUGAAUAGGACUGUUGUUGUUGACAGUGACUGACAUUUCGAUAACCUGUGCGUUAAUCAUCUUCAGAGUCAAAGAGACUCUGAAGAUGACUACUGCACAGGUUGUCGAAAUGUCAGUCACCGUCAACAACAACAGUCCUAUUCAGGACUUCAUUCACCCAACCUGCUCUUAACAUUUUAUAUUUCAUCUGUCAGGUUACGAAGCCUUCUUUGUCAGGUCAUUGACCUAAACCCAUCUCUUAUCUGGAAAAGCACUUAAGUAAGCUAAGUUUAAACUUGGAGAAGGUGCUGAAAUAGAUAAGACAGCAAAAAAUAUUAUUAUUAUUGAAGCAUGCAAAUCCUUAACAUUCUGUGUACAAUUUUACCCGUACUGUGGCAGGUCCAUCAUACCAUGACACAAGUGGCAGUGCACCAAAUUUCUUACUUGCCUCUGGUGGAAAUGACAACCUUGUCAAGCUUUGGGACAUCUUUACUGCCUCAGGUAUUUAGCUGGAUCUUGUAUUUUCUUGCAUUACUGUGAUGUCAAUGAGUAGCAGCAGGUGAUAUCUUAAGUUAUUCGACAAAUUUGAAGAUACUCUAUUGUUGGUUGAUAGUUCUACAGUCAAGGAUUGUAUAAUGCAAGUUGCAUGGCUUGAAGUCAACAGACAAGAACUUUCAAGGCUGUGUUCUAAUGAGAGACCAGUGCUCUGAACCUGUGAAAUCCAAGGUGCCCAGCAUAGGAUUUCUAUGAAAAAGACCAAGAUUUUCUAGUCGCCAAUGAGCAAGAGUAAAACUGGCACCAAGGGCCACCAGGCACUAGCCCUUACGGAUCAUUAUUAUGUAUCUGGGAAACUGUCCACCUACCCCUCCCUUAAGCCAACAUUUUUCCCUAAGUGAGAAGUAAGUGUAAAAGUUGGCUCAGGGGAGGGGUAGGAGGGCAGUUUGCCAGAAAUGUAUAAUGAUCCUCACUUUCUUUAUUGACUGGUCAAAUUUGUGGAUUGCUGGUCAAAAGAAAGUCAUUUUUACAGCUUGCCAUUCAGGCAAGCUGAAGCUAACAUUUACUAGCCCAAACAUCAUUUUAACUAGCCCCAAAAAUGUUGUGACAAGCAGAUUGAUUUCACGGUUCUUCUGUAAUUUGAAUUCCUUGAAAACCUUCACUUGCCCGUUGGGCAAGUUUAUAACAGAAUUCACUAGCCCGAUAGCAAAAUCCACUAGCCCCGGGCUAUCGGGCACUACUUUCUUUGCACGCUGCAUUGUAAUAAAGUAAUUUUCAGUAUGAUAAUAGUCUUGUUCCCUUAGUGAUGUACAAUGUUUCUGUUUGCUAGUUCAUAAAGCACCAUCAGUCUUAUUUCACAAUCCCUACAUGAAGCUUUUUUGUAUUUACCAGUAGUUUGUUUAGUUGUUUCAGUGUUACUUGGUAUUUUUAUUCAAAGACAGACAAUGAAAAAGGAUAGUGUCCAAUAAAGAAUGUUUUUGACCUGAUGACUUCACUUAGCCUUAGUAAAAGUUGUUUCAAGUCCUGAAGGUCUAAAAUCUGGAACAUUGGGGAAACCCAUGCAAACAUGUUUUGUUUUGUCUUUAAGUGUUUGUUUCAUAGUCUUGUCAUUCAAUUGCAUCCUAUUCUUCUAAAUAUAGGAAUUAUAGUGGAACCCUGUUGAUACGGUCACCAAUGGGCCAAAAAAAUUUGGCCAUAUUAACGGGUGACCAUAUUAACCAGGUUUUUUUUACAAGAAAAUGUAUGGCUAUUUUGCCAGGUGGUAAAAAAAGUGACCGCAAUAACAAGGUGACUGUAUCACCGAGGUGGCCGUAAGGAGGGCUUUCACUGUAUUAUUACAGUUAUAAAUCAGUGGAUAGAGAUAAUGCAUUAAAAAAGAAAAUAAUAUAAUGCAUUAGAUUGGCAGUCUUACAGUGAGCCAAAUGUGCAUUUUGAACUCUGGCUCUUCCAAUUUGAUUUCAGCAUUUUCGGAAGAGUGCCAUAUCCGCAAACGCUGUUCAUUAAGUGGUCACCAAGGUCCUGUUUAUGGGGUUGCCAUGUCGCCAAAUGGAAAGAUACUAGCUUCGGGGUGAGUAGGCAAAUGGUGGCAGAUCACAUGAUUACGCUUGACAGUGAGUAUAGGCAUGGCAAUUAGUGGUUGCAGGUUUUGGAUCCGUUAAACUGUAAAAUAGCCUGUUUUGCGUUGGCCUUUACUGUAAGCAUUCCUGAAACAAAAGGGUAGGAGUGAAGCUGAAAAGAGAGAGUAAGAUGAGCACAGGAGAUUCAUGUACUUAAUGUUAAAAUGUCAUGCUGGCAUUUUGCAUGGUGCAAAAAGUGAUUAUGUUUUACUGUUGUCUACUUCUAAACCAGAUGGCUGUUGGUUUAAACAUUGGUCUACAUGUAUGUCAUGAUAUCCAGUGUAAGGCAGCUUUUUUCCUACUGAUUCUGUCAGAGUGAAAAAGAGAGAAGGGAAAUUGCCAUAGCAUCCCAGGAACAGUGCUCAAAUAACAUCCUGUCCUGGACAAAUAUACUUUUUUAUAACUUCUAAAGCUUCCUUGCCCAAUGGACAAGGGCUCAAGCAUAUAAUCCUCCACCAAAUUCAGCAAGCAAAAUGUGAGAGCUGCUUGCUCAAAGGACAAGCUGGUUUUACGUAUUUUGUUUUUCAAGUUCUUAGAAAUUCUUAAGUCUUGUGUUUUCAUUGUCUUUGGAAAAUGAUACUACAGUAUAUAAAUAACAGCUGUUGUUAUAAUCACAUAUUUUUAUGGCUUAAUUUGACAGGGGUGGAGACAAAUUAAUUAUCCUUUGGGAUCCUGUAAGUACAUGUACAACUAAAACGUGCUUUAAUACUGUUGAACCUAUUAUCAUGUAUACCACUACGAUGCCGAUGUCAGUUUAUUCAAGACACUUCAGUCGGUCCUGAAGAUACCUAUAUAUUUUUGUUUGACUUUAUAAUGUGCAGUGGUAUCUGCACUAGCUGCAUUGCUACAACUACAUGUAUAUGAUGAAAGCUGCAUAAGCCAUGAAACAGUGUCUCUGUUAUCUAAUUAUUGGGUUAUACUUUCUGUCAUCUUAAUUUGACUACUACCACUACCACUACCACUACCACACCCACUAACAUCUACCCACUAACCACUUUUAAUCUUUUCCAUUGAUGUUUUGUGCAGUGGUGCGUGGAAAUCAAUUCAAAACAAUGGAAAUUGAACAAGGCUGGAUAGACUUAUGUUGCUAAAGAAGCUAAUCUUACAUCUAUAAAAAUAAUUUCUGAUGUAUUCCUAAAAUUUCUUGUGUUUUAUAGUUGGCUGAGGUAUCAUUACUCACUCUGGAGGGACAUACAAGGUAUUGGGUUAACAUUAGUCACCCUGUGGUUGCCUUGAGUGACACGGAAACCUUAGCACUGCACUGAUCUUUUAUGUUGGGCCCCCUUAAGAUUUCUUCAUAUUACAACCUUGACAAAGUCUACCACUGAUAAUAUUUUGUGAUUGGCCAAGAAUGUGGAAUUAAUUUGUAUUUAUAAGUGUGUUUUUCAAAAAGUGUGAACAUUUGGGCAAAUGCAAUUUGAGCUUUUUGAAAAACACACCUCCCAGUGUAAAUUCCAAAUUGAACAAUAAAAGUCGUCUGAAAACUUUCAAAUGAUAUACUUGAAACGAUUACCUGCCCGGCUUUGUUUGGACACUUUCUGUGGCUUACUAGAUGUACAUUUGUAGUUGUUUGGCUACACCGUCAAAAUUUGCUUCAAGGAGCUGAAUUGCCUGUCCCUUGUUACAGAACAGGUACAUCCUUUCUCUUUCAAAUGCCUGUCCAAAGCUGUUUUCAAAACUUUGAAACUGUCGAACUCAAAUCGUCUUCUUGUUUUUUUUUUUUUGUUUGAAUCUUGGUGUAGAUGCGCUCGAGCAGUUUGUUGAGGUUGACAGACUAUAACUCUCAGUUUCCAAAGACAUUCCUUCCUAUUUUCUUCAAUUCUUUCAAACUUCAACUCAAAAUAAAGUCUGCUUUACAGUUCUUUUUUUUUCAAAUUAAUGAGUAAGUGUCAAUUUUUCAGAUAUGUUACAUGCUGUAGUUUCUCUGUGGAUGGUAACUGGCUAGCCACUGGAUCGAAUGACAGAACACUCAAGCUAUGGAAGAUCUGUCUUACAGAAAAUGGUAUUUCAUUUUCUAAUGUGUCUUUUAAAGAACUGUAUAAAAACAGUUGAAGGGGUGCACGUGAGUGGAAUUACAAAAUAUACAUUGCCUGUUUUGGAUACUUGUCUCUUUUGAAAACUCGUUAGCUAUCCUUCACGUUUUGUGAAAAGAGCACAAUCCUGUAUCCAAAGGUCCAAAGGCCAAAUGUAAACAGGAUGAUAUAACUCAGUUUUUUAAAAAUCUGUAUUUUAACAGGUGAACUGGACCAGUCUGGUGGAGUCAGUGUAAGAGAGAUUGAACAAAAUAAACCAACAGAAACACGGGAAAACCAGGUAGGGGUAAUGGUAUUUAUGCUUAAACAAGCAACAGAAACCUGUAUUGAACAAUUAGGAAACCAUUUUCGGCAGAAGUAUGUCUGACUCUAGCCGCAGCGGUAGAUUUUUAGCUGUACAUUCCUCACUCGUAACGUGAGCUUGGGACGCCUGUGAUCUAACGACAUUUUACGUCUGUUACUUGUUUUCUGUCAGUCACAGGAAAAUAAGAGAAAGAAACUUGUCACAUGGAGCACAGAUGAAGUGUGCAGCUGGCUUAUUUCUUUGGAACUUGAACUGUACUGUGAAACGUUCCGUCAAAAUGCCAUUGAUGGACAAGAGCUGUUUAAUAUGACAAGUGAAACGCUUGCUUCAGAUCUUGGUAUUGGUGAGUAUUAAUACUGUGUUGUGCUCUGUUGAUGUAAGCUCAAUGAUAGAUGCUGGAUGUAAGGGCUGUUCUCUCUGCUCAUCAUAAUCAUUUAAAUUUUACAAUAGACCAAUUCCAAUAUAUUAAAAUCCAUACUUAGCUGCGAGGCUUGAGUGAGUAAAACAAAAGAAAUCAUCUUGAGGCUCAGCAAUCAAUAAUACAUUUCUCUUGUUUUACAUGUAUUCCUCCAAGUCUCGCAGCCAAGUAUGAAUUUUAAUACAUCGAAAAUGGUCUGUUCUCCUCAGUCUUAUUGCGAGUAUCACUCAUUUUAGAUUCUCGUUACAUAUACAUUGUAUUAGUGUGGGUUUGUUCCAAAGCUAUAAGGCUCUGACACAUUAAUAACGUUUUGUUUCUAUCUAUCUAUCUAGAUCACGUGGAUGCCUUUUUGUAAUCCUUAACCUUGUUAAUUGUACUCAAUAGGACAAUUGUACGAUGACGAUAUUUGACUACAACUACCAGAAUUCAUUUCGGUUUUGCUUUGUUAUUUAAAUUUGUCAAUCCCGCUGAGGAUUAAAAGAACAAUAGCCUUAAUUUGCACAAGAAAACAACAAACUCAAGGAUUCUGGUAGUUGUAGUAAAAUGACGCCCUAUUGUUCUAUGGUCAGUUGAAGUAAUCCAGAUGUCAGGCCGUGUCAGGGAAUAGACCUUUUUAUCUUGUAUGUUUUGUUUCCCAAUUCAUAUCACUCUAUGUUCUCCGGGGAAUUUACCUUUUGUCUUUUCAUAGAUUAUGCAUACAGAUGCACGUGGAUACGCGUGCAUAAGACCACAUUUGAAAGAAACAGUUCUCUGGGGUACCAUCAGGUGGUCUGAAAUGGGAAACAAAACAUUCAAGCUAAAAAGGUCUUUUCAUCCUGCAUAUCCCAGAAUCCCACGAUAAGGAAAUAUUCAAACUACAUGUAUAUAUGUACCUCUUUGUCUUCCACUGCACUCUACGUUUGAACAUUGAACCGACAGUUUCUCUGUGUGAAUUUGCAAUCUGUUGCAAAACAUAAAAUGUGUCAUAGUCCAAUGAUACUAAUGCAGGGUGGUUGAAGGCGCAUUUUCUUGCCGUUGUUUUUGAUCAGUAAGGUUUUAUUUAACUCCUGAGAUGAACUUAAAGCAAAACCGUCGAUAAUAAAAUGCUACGUUGGAGACCAGAAAACAUGUGAAUUGUCCAAUCGUCAUCAUCAUCAUUCUAAUCAUUGUAUGAACAAUUGUAGUCCGCAUUACGAAACUUUUCAUUACUCAAUUUACAAACAAAUCCUUCGUUCGCUUGUACAAUUUUGAAUUCACUCGUUCACUGUGCUCACUCGUUCAUUAGAAAUUUCUCGCAUCAUGAAUUUAAAUCAUGCGUGGGGUGCUCACCAGCCACGAAGUAUUUAUUUCACUGCAGAAAGAUAGUCUGUGUCAGAAGCAUGCUUCUGUCUUUAUAGCUGCCUCCAUUUAGGGGACUGGGGCGGGUGUACACAGGCUACCUAAAGAGUUUUUAUACCAGUUAUGGGCAAGGGAUCUUCAUAAAUUAUAAUUGUGGAAUCCCUAAGUCAAACCUAAGAGGUCAUAACGGUUGAUUUUCAGGUCCAGUAGGUCACCGUAAUAAGAUAUUACGGACAAUAAAGGAUAUCAAGAAACAAGAAUUGGAAGAAGACUUUCCUGAUGAAUUCUUAUGUCCUAUAACAAGAGAAGUUAUGUCUGAUCCAGUUAUUGCUGCAGGUAAGCAUAAUUCACUCUUGUUAUUGCAUAACUAACAAAUAAUUUACUUCCUUUACACAGAGGAUCAUUUAAGAAAUCAUCUCGGCCUAGUUAGAUCCGUGGUUAGAUUAUAAAGCACCACGCUAACGGCGAACACGUCAUGUUGGCUAGCCUUUUUUCGUUUGCCGCUCCUUCCUUUGUAAUUUGUCCGUCGACACGGCAGAACUGGAAACUUGGAAAAAUAAAUAGAACUGGAAAUUGUCUAAAAUAUCCGAAAAUUUAACCAGGUAUUGACUAAAUGUUUCUUUAAUUCUAAAUUUUUCUUUUAAACUAAGUAAAAUAAGCUUACCUAUGUUUCAUGGCAAAUGUUCUCGGCGGCCAUUCACUGUGAGUGGACAAAAAGGUACAGAACAGAGAAGUUGUCAUCUUUUUUCGCUCAAAUUUGAAACUCUUUUAUACUCACGUGUUCGCGUUUCCUCCACUAAAAAACGUGAAAAAUGUCCUUCUCGCGUUGAAACGGCGGCCGGCAAACGGCAAAUGCGGGAAAUGCAGGUCACGUGAUCCUCCGUUCCGUUUGCGGGGAAAAAAAAAUAGGCAGUGCUUUACGUAUCUGAGAUCAGUAGAGUAGUAGGCAAGUUAACGAAAGUAGUAACUGAUUUUACUGGUUACUAUCUUACUCUAAGAGCUUUUCUUUUCUUUAAAAUCGUCACUGCUAUCAUUAGAAUCCGUCUUUAUACAUAAUAUGCCGUUAAAAUGACUUCAAAACUGAUCCUGAAAAUUCAAAUCUUUUGAAAGUUUGGAAUGCUUAUGACAAGUUGCAGUAGGAAAAUAAAUUUGCUUUAAUAGAUAUUGCACAGUCGCGAUGACAAAAACUAUUUCUUAGAGACUUCGUUCUAGCUAGUUGUAAAAUGAAGCCGAUUUCUUUGUUUGGCGAAGUGGUACAGGGACCAAUUUGAUAAAACGUUUACAAGUGUGGCUAUUGUUUUCAUACCCUAAAAAAAUGGCUACACUUGUAAAUUACACUUGAAAAAGUUAUUUAGUUUUGUUAACUUGGCCCCAGGCAUUCCUCUAAGAAUAAGUGCUAAAUAAUCGAGGGAAACGCCUGUCCGCGCACUUUUUAUCUGAUGUUUAAUUAAGCGGACUCUUAGGACUCUACAUACUGCAGGAUAGACUUGGUUUCACUGUCACAUUUUGUUCCAGUCUCGCUGCGCCUCUUUUGAAGCCGUGCCAGCGAACUGCUAUCUCUCUUCACUAAGAAACUCUCUAAAACUAUCAUCCUCGGAGACCCAGGGGCAGUUAGACGGGUCGAUAAAAUUAAUGUUCGUGGUGAAAGUUUUCUGUAAGAUCGCUCGUCUCGAUCUUACAGAAAACUUUCACCACGAACAUUUUGUCGACCCGACUAACUGCCCCUGGGUCUCCGAGGAUAUAAAACUAUAUGACAAGCGCGAAACAUGAAGAUUGAAAAAUCUAUUUCUGUAUUUACUUAAUAUAUAUUUUUUAAUAGAUGGUUAUACUUACGAGCGUGCCAGUAUACAAGAAUGGCUGACGUCAGGUCGGUUGACAAGUCCCAUGACCAAUGCACCUCUGAAGAGCAAUGUACUGACGCCAAAUAGGAUGCUUAAGCUGCUCAUACAAAGACAUUUUGAUGCCUCUCUAACUAUUGACGUUUAA